CCGGAGCCUAAUGAGAGGCAAUAAACCUUAGGACGUAUUCUCCUCCACUCACCACAACUCAAUCUCAAAACCCAAUUCAUUCACUUCCCUCGACGCUUCUACAUUCCUCUGUUAUUUUAUGGUUAUGGCAUCAAUUUUGUCCUUAUCUCUCACAUCUCUUUCCCUCCCCAAUUCUCAAUCUCUGGAUCCCAAGAAAAUCUCCGAUUCUUCUUCCUCUGCAGGGAGAAUCAACAGCAGGACUGAAAGUUGUUCUUGUGUGCCAUCGUUCGAACGAAGAAAGAUGCUUCUCUCUUCCGUCGCCAUUGUUGCCGGAGCCUUGUGCAGCACUUCAGUUCGCCAAAUCGCUUUGGCCGCUGAAUUUGUCGAUAUGCCAGCUCUUCGAGGGAAGGAUUAUGGCAAGACAAAAAUGCGAUACCCAGACUACACAGAAACUGAAUCAGGACUCCAAUAUAAGGACUUGCGACCGGGGAAUGGCCCCAAACCCAAGAUGGGAGAGACAGUAGUGGUUGACUGGGAUGGCUACACCAUAGGUUAUUAUGGCCGCAUAUUUGAAGCACGGAAUAAAACCAAGGGCGGUUCCUUUGAGGGUGAUGACAAAGACUUCUUCAGAUUCAAAAUAGGUUAUAAUGAGGUGAUACCUGCUUUUGAAGAGGCUGUUUCGGGCAUGGCUCUUGGGGGCAUUAGAAGGAUAAUUGUGCCCCCGGAACUUGGAUAUCCUGAGAAUGAUUUCAACAAGGGUGCCCCAAGACCAACAACAUUCUCGGGCCAACGAGCCUUGGCUUUUGUGUUGAGGAAUCAAGGGCUGAUAGACAAGACUCUCUUGUUUGAUAUUGAGCUGUUGAAGAUUAUUCCGAAUUGAUUGUCCGGAUUAUAAAAUGACUCUCAAAAUUCAUCUUCAGAACAUCGAGGUCUACCUAUUUAGAGAGGAUGCAUGCAAACAACUGUUCUGUCCUUUGGAAAUUUUGUUAAUAUUGAUACUUUAUGCUUGUGUCAAUUUGCCUCGGGAAUAGAUGUUGAGUUGUAAAUAUAUAUUAUGGUCUUCCUUGUUGGUCUUCCUUGUUGGUCUCCCCAGCAACAGUAACAUAUGAAGCAUCCAAACCAAUUCUUCCCCCAAAUAUUGCAAACUUGAAUCUACCGGAUGGGACUGUAAGUACAUGGGAUGGAUCAUCAUAUGAUCAAAUAGAAAUCAAAGAAAGGAUUGCGUCACUGCAACAUAAUAGCUGUCGUGAUAGCUCUUACAACUUCUAUUUAUAUCCAUUCUGCAAUGCUUUCAAAAGCAGCAAUAGUCAUCCGAACCAAACACUAUCCAAUUAUCACCAUUUUUUCUCCU